AUAAAAUCAGACUCUAUACCCGGCUGAGCUCACCAUCACGUAAUAUCUCUCAGAAUAGCUUCCCUUGAUAUAGCAUUCUCCCCUAGAAAAUGCUUGUUUGCGCUUUCAGACUUCGGGUCGUACGCAUCCGUCCAUCCUCAGGCCGCAGUUUGGGCACUAAGACAGAUACCAAAUCCUCUGCUGCUCCGGGCUUGCCAUACUCCCUCACCCACGAUCCCUACUUGGUUGUCGCAUCGAUUGGCAACCCCGAAAUCACACACCAUGGAACAAGACACUCUGUGGGUCAUAGCAUUCUCGCAAGCCUCCUCCAGCACUACCAGGCCCCGCCGGCGUUCAGAGAGCACCCCAAAAAGAUUGGCAUUGAGUACGCUACGGCGCCCGAUGAGAAUAACAUGCUUUUUGUGAGAACCCAGUCGUAUAUGAAUGUCAGCGGUGCCCCAAUCUCCCGAAUCUGGAAUGCGGUCAAGCAGCUGAAAUUACCGCAGGUUUCCUCUUUGGUGGUGAUCCACGACGAACUCUCCAUCCCCGUGGGAAAGGUCCAGGUACGCAAGCAGUUUACCUCUGCACGGGGCCACAAUGGGUUGCGCUCCAUCUCGGAAAACAUUGGUGGUGGCUACACAAAGAUUGGGAUCGGUAUUGGUAAGCCUACCAAUGGCGAAGUUGCAGACUACGUGUUGACCAGAUUUAACAAACAGGACUUGGCCACCAUUGAGAUGGACACCAUCCCGCAAGUGGUUUCGAUCAUCGAGGACAUGAAGAUGGGGAGAUACAUUUACGAGGUAUCUGAAAACAUAAUGGGGGAAGAAAAGAAGAAGAAAAAGAAGGCAAAGAAAUUACGGAAAAUCGACUUGGAGAUGGAGGGGCCAGGUGCUUGAAGCAUGUAAAUAAUACAGAAAAAUAAAGAUUAAAGACGAGUUUAUUAUCCAAUGGAUAGUUUAAUUUGAAGUUGUUCUUAAAACAUAAAACGAAGAAUCAAUAUUGUAAGGAUUAAUAAGAGUGAUUGUGGCUUUUUCUUCGUUCAUACACAGUAACCCUACGAUAUAGCUUUGUGAAUCCCACCCAAUCCUUUCCCAUGGGCUUUUCUGAGCUAAUGCUUACGAUAAUAUCUAGUUUUCAGUAAAAACACAGAUACUUUUGAUAGCAAUAGAAGGACAAACAAGAGUGCUACAUUGAAUUUCUCCGUUGAAAUCUUUCCCUCAACCGCAGCUCCUCGACCCCC